AUGCUUCUUACGUUCACAGCAGAAGUCUUCCUCACACUCCGGGUCUUUGCACUUCUGAAGCGCAAUAGAGCAGUUCCAGCUGUAUCUAUCAUUAUUCUUAGUUGGCAGUGGGGCAUCGCCCUGUAUGCCAUGUCGCAAAGUUCGCAGGGGACUGUUCAAAAUGCACUGCUGCUUUCGCGGCGUGAACCCCCCCUAGAGCUGCCUAUGCUCCCUAACACUGACCCCUACCAUAUUUGCCUCUUCAUUACGACCCUCACAGUGGCACCGUGGGUUGAGGCUUAUCUUUGCCUCAGCCUUGCAUUUGAUUCCCUCGCAUUUAUGUCAAUCCUCUACGCCGGUUUUGUAGCAUCGCGCCACCAUCAUAUCGGUGUAGUAUUGCGUGUCGUAUACCGGGAUGGUAUCGUUUACUUCUUCGUUCUUUUCUCCUCAAAUCUGGUGUGGCUCCUUCUGCUCCUCUACGCACGAACAGGACUAAAGCUCAUGCAUAAUCAAGCGGCUAUGGUCAUUUCGUCAAUCAUGAUCAACCGCAUCACACUCAACUUGAAGGAAGCUAGCACUAGGCAGUCUAUCUUUACCUGGAGUACCCAGACGUUCCGACAGCUCAACUUUACAGAUGAUGGUCAUUCUGUGGAUUCUGAAGAUACAAACGGCACCGAGCUGCGCCCGUUACGUCGGGGGGUGUAA